CUAACAUUUAUAGGCGUUACAAUUUGUCAAAUCUCCGGUAGAUGUUUGUCUGAGAGAGAGAUAUUUCCGAACAUGUGGCAGGAUAACAAUUCCUCACCCGGGCCCCCACCUUACCAUUCUCGCUCAUCAGAGGCAGACCCUCUGAUAGGGCCUCGCAAGCCUUAUCGUCGCUAUCAAUCUCUUUGUGUCUAUGUAGCAAUCGCUCUCUUUGUUAUUACAUUCACGAUUGUCAAUUUCUCCAUUAGCUUUUCCAAGGACUCUUUAGAUCCGGAUGUUCGAAACCGCAUUCGCGAAGACUGGGACAUUGAACUUCGCCAGCACCAGAAAGAAGUUCUCGAGCGCAAUUACACCAAAGCACGCUGGCUUCUGCAGGAUGAAAACAGGAUUCGUCUCCGCAAAAAAUGGCAAGCAGAAGUAGAAGAGCACAGGCACGACAUGAAGGAGAGGCGGAGGCGUGAAGAGCAAGACAACAUUCUUCUCCGCGAAAAAUGGAGCAGGGAAGUAGAAGAGCACAAACACGACGUGGAGGAAAGACGGAAACGCGAAGAGCAAGACAACAUUCUUCUCCGCGAAAAAUGGGGCAAGGAAGUGGAAGAGCACAAACACGACAUGGAGGAGAGACGGAGGCGCGAAGAGCAAGACAGAAUUCUUCUCCGCGAAAAAUGGAGCAGGGAAGUGGAAGAGCACGAGCGCCAAGUGGAGGAGAGACGGAAGCACGAAGAAAAAGAACGCUUGAGAUUGAAUAUGUUUUGGACCGACUUGGCGUCCCACACGUGCACAUCAUACGCCACUCGAGAGUACACUGCCCGACUGGUAAAUGUUCCAUCAUAUUACGACCGCCGCGUUGAGGCUUGCAUGGCCACACCGGUAGAGAUCCAUGGGGCUGAAUACACACCUAAGUGGUGUGAGGAUAAUGGUCCAAACGAUGUAGUAGGUCAUUGGGAAGUCGACCAGCAUGAGCCAGAUUGCGCGUCGUACUGGAGCUGGUACAAAGAUUUUGGUUGUGCUUCGCCUGGAUCUGGUCAGCGACGUAUUGAACAUUACCUCGAGAACAUUCCGUCAGGAGCUGAUUGGAAGGAGUUCUGUGCUACCACUCCUGCAAGCUUCAACGGGAUGCAUUUCAUGGGGGCGGAAAUCUGCUUCCAAAAGGAUCAUGGCACAUACGGCCACUGGGUUUUUGAUGACGAGAACUGCAAGUAGUCAAGCUACAAUGGCGCUUCGAUGUUGAAUGAGGCUUGGAAUUUUGAUGGGCUAUUUUUGCUGUGCCAUUCGCUGUACUUUAUACUUGUAUCACUGUAUGUCAUUUUUAGGUCAUUAGUAUUCAUGACUUCGAGUAUUCACGAGAA